AUGCGCAUUCAUUCCAACUUUGUUGCCCUAUGUGGCUUACAGGCCACUUUAGCUUCGGCGAGCACUGCCUGGCCCUGGCAAACCUACAAGUCCAGCCCGCACGAGCCCCCCAGUCUCCAGAUUUCAAAGUCAGGUCCAACCAGCCCUGGAUAUCUUUUCUUUGAUCAAUCAUGGGAUGCGCACCAGUACAGUGUGUUUAUCAUGUCAGACAGCAACGAGCUUGUCUGGCAGAGCCCACGUGGUGACCUGAAGGGAUUCCGUGUUCAGCAGCUUGAUGGAAAGCCAGUCCUGACCUAUUUCAAUGGACUAGGUGUCCCCGAGCCAUUUGGCUGGGGAUAUGGAAUUAUCCAAGUCCUGGACCAGAGUUACAACAGCAUUUACAAUGUCUCUGUGAUCAACGACAACUACACGGCUCUGGGGAGCAUUGAUAGCUCCUCCUUUGUUUCUUGGAUUGACAUGCAUGAAAACACAAUGACAUCCGAUGGGACCAUGCUGGUUACUGGAUACAACGUGACAAAGUGUGACUUGAGCUCUGUUGGGGGGCCCAAAAAUGGCUGGAUCGCAGACUCGCUCUUCUAUGAGAUUGAUGUCAAAACCAACGACAUCCUCUUCCGCUGGAGUGCCAAAGAUCAUCUUGACCAAAUUCCAUUGGAAGACGUACAGCCUUUCUACCCGAUAGAAGAUUGGGGCCAUAACAGCAGCGCGCCUUACGGCUACUUCCAUAUCAACUCGGUGGAGAAGUUCAAGGAUGGCUCAUACCUGAUCUCCUCUCGUUACUAUUGCUCGCUAUUCAAAGUUGCAAAGGAUGGAUCUGUUGAUUGGACCCUUCAAGUGAGUGACGCAAUUAUCAUGUUAAACACAGUCACUAAUCUAGAACAGGGUGAAACCGGUGGUGAUUUCAAGCUAAACGGGAUCCAAUGGGCCUAUCAGCACGAUGGUCGCAUUCACCAUGAACAUGAAGAUGGAUUUGUGCUCAGUAUCUUUGACAACGCCAAUUCCGAUGUGUCCAAUGGAACUCAUUUUACCGAAGGCAUGCUGAUUUAUGUCAACUUGGCCACUCGUGAAGCCUCUUCACUCAAAACCCUUCAUGACCCCAAGGACGAAAUUUAUGCCGUUUCUCAAGGAAACACCCAAAUUCUGCCUGGAAACCACGCGAUUAUGGGCUACGGCUCAAAUCCCAAGAUCAAAGAGUACAACGCGAAUGGAACCUGUGUUAUGACUGCCCAGUUUGGAGAAGACGGUGUCGUCGCGAGCUACCGGGCGUACCGCUCUCCGUGGGUGGGCAUUCCUAUCACUUCUCCCGAUGUGGCUUCUUGUUUCGAUCAGGCACAUAACAAGACAAAUGUCUUCAUGAGCUGGAACGGAGCGACGGAGAAUCAGAACUGGAAGAUAUUUGGGGGUCACACCCGUGGGGAAUUGCGUCCUGUCUCUGUUGUUCGUAAGACUGGCUUUGAAACUACAGCUUCUGUUGCAGGAGGUCUCAAGUUUGUCCGCGUUGAGGCGCAUGGUCGUGGUAUUGAGAAGGGUAUUUCAAAGGUGAUUUCUGUGGAAAAGAUGUGUUAG